AAAACGACCUGAAUCUGUAUUCUUCCCUUCCGCAUAGAAAAUAGAAAUAGAAUAUACACGCAUGCUAUUGUAUAUAUACCGACCCAAACCGCCCUUCCCUUCUCAUUUCCUUGUUAUACAAAUCAAAGCUUCGACCAUGGUCGAUCCACACGCUAUCUUAUGUUGUAUGUGCGGCGACGUCGGCUUUCCGGACAAGCUCUUCCAUUGCACCAGAUGCUCUUCUCGUUUUCAACACACUUAUUGUAGUAACUACUACAACGAAUCGACGGAUGAGAGUGCAAUCCGUUUCUGUGACUGGUGCCAGAGCGAACAGCAAAGCAUGAGGCAUGGGGCCCAUUCGAGACGGCCAGUGGCGAAGGACGCUGGGGCUGUCGGCAGGUCCAGGUACGUCGGCGACAAGAUAAAGCAAACUGAUAGAGAGGAGAGCAGCGAUCGAGGGAAGAACUCAGGUGGUAGCACUCCCUCCCCUAGGCAGCCUGGCCGCAGGUACAAGCUUCUCAAGGAUGUUUUGUGUUGAAGACGGUGUGAUUGUGUGAAUUGCAAGUGUGUAUAUUAAAUAUAAUUAUAAGCUUAUAUAUAUAUAUGGUUUUAAAACUA